UUCGAAGAACAGUCAAAACCCUAGAAUUCGAUAAUCGUCUCUCUGCUUCUUUUGUCCUUUCAUCUGAUUUAUUUUCCGAUCUUUCUCUCCUUGAUUGAUAGAUAUAGCUCAUAAACUCAUCCAGAUCAACAAGAGGAAUAAUUUUUUUAGGGAGAAAAUCAAUAAAAAUGUUAGUUUCACUUAAAAAUGCUUUUCAAAUUUGAUUCUUUUUUUCUGGUUUCCUUUUCUUGAUUGAUCAUUUUUAUUCAUGAAACUGUUGUAUUUUUUUCCUGGACCAACGUAAUGUUCUGCAUAUUCUACUGAAUUGUUGUUUCUAGGAGUCUUUAGUUUAGAAGGAUUGGUUUGGUCUAUUUGUAAUUAUGAAUCUUACAAUAUAGGUUGGUGAGCAUAGAUGGUCUGGUGCUGAAGUGGAUGUCAGACCAGAGGGGAAGAGAAAGUGAUAAAACAUGUUUACUCGAUUUCAAUAUCUGGAAUACAGGAUGUAUAUCGGUGGAACUCAAAUAUUAUGAAUUGCUUUAGGCAGGGGGACGUUGAGGCAGCUUGCCGGUUAUUCAAUGAAAUGCCCAUGAAGAAUCUGGUAACAUGGAACUGUAUGAUAUCUGGGUAUGUUCAAAAUCAGAAGAUCAGUGAAGCACAUGAGAUCUUUGAUACCAUGCCUUUUAGAAAUGUUGUAUCAUGGACUGCAUUGUUGACAGGAUAUGCGAAGUGUGGAAAGUUGGAACAAGCUCGUGAUUUAUUUGAUAGAAUGCCGGAAAGGAAUGUAGUUUCUUGGAACUCUAUGCUUGCUGGCUACAUAAGCAAUGGAAGAAUUGACAAGGCAGAGGAACUCUUUGAUGGCAUGCCAAUUAGGAAUUCUGUUUCGUGGGCAACUAUGAUUGAUGGGUACUUAAACUACGGUCUUGUAAGUGAAGCCCAGAAGUUGUUCAAUCAAGUUCCUGUAAAGACUACUUCCAUUUAUAAUGCAUUGUUAUCCGGUUAUGUUGAAAAUGGAUAUCUUGAAGAGGCAUGCCUACUAUUCAACAAAAUGCCUCAAAGAGAUGUUGCUUCCUGGACCACCAUGAUAACUUGUUACUCACGAGUUGGGAAGAUAGAGAGUGCUAAGCACUUGUUUGAUAAGAUGCUUGAGAAGGAUGUAGCAGCUUGGACAGCAAUUAUUCAGGGCUAUUUGGAUAAUGGAAAGAUUGAAGAUGCGUGUAAGUUAUUUGAAGAAAUGCCUUAUCGGGAUACGGUUGCAUGGAACUCAAUGAUUUGUGGUUAUGUUCAUAAAGGAAUGUUGGACAAUGCUCUACAAUUGUUCAUGCAGAUGCCAAAGCGAAGCAUUGUUUCAUGGAAUUCAAUUUUACAGGGCUAUGUGCAACAAAAUGACAUGGACAGAGCAUGGAAUUUCUUUGAGAAUAUGCCGUGUAGAGAUGAAACAUCAUGGAAUACAAUAAUUGCUGGAUAUCAAAGUGGGGAAGCUUUGAUUUUGUAUUGCAGGAUGAUGAAAGAUGGGCUUAAGCCUGUUCAAGGGACAUUCACCACUGUGGUUUCCGUUUGUGGUACUCUUGCUAUAAUUAGUUGGGGAAGAGCUAUCCACCUUUCGGUGAUAAAAAAUGGUUAUGAAGAUGAUACAAUGAUCACAAGCUCAUUAAUCACUAUGUAUUCCAAAUGUGGAUUUAUUGAUGAUGCUAAAUUGGUGUUUGAGAGUAUUAUAAAACGAGACACAGUGGUUUGGAAUGCCAUGAUUGUCGCCUUAGCUUACCAUGGAUCUGGCACUGAAGCCCUUGCACUCUUCUCUUCUAUGAUUCAAGCUGGAUCAGGACCAGACAAUGUUACUUUUUUAGGCAUCUUGACUGCAUGUGCUCAUAGAGGGCUAGUUGAUGAAGGUUGGAAGUACUUCAGAUCUAUGGAGGAUUGGAAUUUGAUUCCAGAGCCAGCACAUUAUGCUUGUAUGGUUAAUCUCUUUGGACGAUCAGGGUUGCUAAAUGAAGCUUAUAACUUCAUCAAACAAAUACAUGUAGGUCUCCCAACACAUGCUUGGGAAACCCUACUCGGUGCAUGUAGAAUCCAAGGAAAUCUAGAGCUAGGUGAACUAGUUUCAAAAGAAAUUUUCAGCAACCGAUCUUUAAAUGAAGGGAUGUACAUACUUCUUUCAAAUAUAUAUGCUGAGAAAGGGAUGUGGGAGAAUGCGGCAAGCAUUAGAGCAAUAAUGAAGCAUCAUGGGGCCAAAAAAGAACCUGCUUGUAGUUGGAUUGAGAUAAAGGGAAAACUGUCUUAUUUUAUGUAUAAUGGCCGAUCUCACCCUCAGAUUGAGGUCAUACACAAUCAUUUGCAGACUCUUCAAGUUAUUAUGGAGGAGAUUGGUUGAAUUAAGAGGGUUCUUUUUUUGGUCUAAAGAUGGUAUAUGACUAGUUUCAGAUAUAGAUGGUUUGUGUGGAUCGUGAUUUGUUUAAUCCAACGCUUUUUAAGGACAUGAGAUUGAAUUGACUUGACUUGGAAGUUCAGUUGGAUGAUUUUGUUUAAGAAAGUUUUUACUGGCUUUAAUCAAUGUCAAGUGGUUUCAUUUGGACCAUUGAUUAGGAGUUUUGCCUUGUUUUGCUUGAUGCUUUAUUGUUUCAAUUGUAAUGAAAUCCCAGAUGGAAGAACUUAUAGCAUAAUAAGGAUGGCAACACAAUUAGAAUUUGUGUCUGCAGAAAGGAGAGAGAUUUGUCAAAUGACACCAUAUAUAUGAAAGCAUGGGAAAUGACUACAAAUAUAUAUUAAUCACAUAAGAAUCUUGAAGUAUAAUAAAAUUGAGAAAUUCUGAUUUUGCUUUAUGUCAUGGAGACCAAUUAUGAGAAGUUUUCAUAUGAUAUUUAUUGAUCUAGCAAGAAAUUGUGUUGUAAUGUCCUUAGAGAGAUAACAUGGUGAUUGUUAGGAAAGAAGCACUGAGUAGGUAUUUUGACCUAACUGGUGUAUGAAAUAUGGUGGCUCAUGUUAGAACUGAUUGUGAGACUAUAUCAAGGAUUCAGCUCUUGGUCCAUGUCAUCAGUCUUAUUAGUCAUUAUUGAGCUAACCAGUGUUUUAAAAGGCUUUAGAGUAUAUGCACAUUUAGUUUCAUGGGUGAAGCAAUGCACAAAAUGUGUAAGUUUCACAUAUUGAGGCAUAUUUGAAAUGACAAAAGAGCACAAGGCUUAUACAUUUUUCAUGUUAUAAAGUUUUGGGCACAUUUGUAAUUCUGUCCUGGGUCAGCUACUAAGCUGAUUUCUUUCACAACUUCUUGUUGUAUCCUAAAGUUUUCUAAUUAAUGAAAUUCUUUCGAAGUUAUUGAUCAAAAAAAAAAAAUCAUGUUAUAAAUAAGAUAGUUGCACUUCAGAAGCUGAACUCAUCCAUCUUACCCAAGCCCAGGUGUUUCUUGUCAUGUAAGAUGGGAGCCUGUGUUUUAACUAGUAUUUUAUUUUCUUUCUAGAAUACCAACUUCUUUUUCCUCCUUUUCCUCAUUGUUAUCUUCUCUCUUUCCUCAUUAUGGGCAUGAGAAGAAGAGGAAAAAAAAACAAAUUACUUUUUCCUUAUUUACCCCAUUAGGGAGUCAACAGGGCACUUGUCUUAUUGAGCAUGGUGCCAUUUCUUUUUGAUGAAUGAAUGAUGAUUUUAUUAAUAAGAGAAGAAAGUGUACAUUCAUCCUAAGAGGAGCCAUGAGAUGUUACCUCCCCUUAGAGAUUUGAACAUAACCAUACAGAAUACAAUUAUAAGGUAGUCCAAAACAAUUCAACCCUUGAAACCCUUUGUUUAGCCAAAGAAUCAUCCAUAGCAUUUGCAUAUCUGCUAACCCACCGAAAACUGACUGACAUGUUCCUUGUAAGCCAAUUAACUUUCUUGAGAAGAUCCAUGUAGCCCCAGAAAACUGUUUCUGGAUUUGGCAAAGCAUGGUGCCAUUUCAUGAGAUAAAAUUAAAAAAAUAAAAUACACAUAGGAUUAAUGUUAAAAAUCCAAAUAUAUGAUAUUGGAAAAUGGCCUAUUAGCAGCCUUAUGAUGAGCAACCUGGGGACAAAUGGCAGUGCUACGAUUUAGUUGGUCUUUACCUCUUUGGAAACAUCCUGCAGAAGGCAUACCACAUUUACCAAGUGCUUAUCAUCAGCCUGUAUAUUUCUAGGAUGACUUGGACUCAAUGGUUACUGCAUAUGACUUCCAAAGGAAUUGUUGGGUGAUUUGUUCUUGGUGUUGAAGUGGAGGAAGAUCUUUUAGUUAAGAGUGCUGGCAUAGUUGAUGAUUAAGGCAUCUUAAAAAGUAUGUGCAAAAGGUUGUUUUUUCAGGAAUAAUUUAUUGUUUCUAUUUUAUGUGUUAAAGUGAAAUAACAUGGUUAAAAAAUGAGCAGCUGAGAUGAGGAUGUUGAGAUGGAUAAGUGGCAAGGCAAGAUUAGAAAGUACAGAGCCAGAAAUGAGCACACACUAGACAGGACUUGGGAGUGGCUCCGAUUAGUGAUAAGAUUGGGGGAAAUUUGAUUUAAAUGGUUUAGUCAUGUAUUGUACAUAGAUGACAAAUGACCACACUAGUGAGGAGUGAAUUGGUUCAAGUAGAGGGCUCUAAAAGAGUAAUGAGAAAACCAAAUAAAAAUGUGAUCCCGAGUGGUACAAAAAUGGUUUAAAGACUUAAAAUUUGACAGAAAUCAUGGUCUUUAUAGUGCAUAAUGGCAGGACUGGAUACAGCUGAUCCCUAAUAAUUGGGAUUAGAGCUAUCAGCUAACUUGAGUUCUAUCCUAUAUGGAAAAGUCAGAAUUUUGCAUCCCUCAGAAAGUGCAGAUGUAGGAAGAGUGGUAGCAUCUCCUGAUAACCACAAUAUCUGCAAGAUUGUGAGUAUUGAUAGCAUGGUAAUGAGUCACUAGUCAGUUAAAAAUUAGGUUUCUUUCUUUGGGGUGACCAGCAUUUAAUAAUAAUUAUGUUUUCAAGUUCGGGACCCUGAAUUAACAAGAUAUUCUCGAUACUAGUCUUAUGAGACAUCAGUGAAAAUAGUUAAUGAGUGAAGGUGACUGAAGGAAAUUAAAAAUUUGGUCUCUAAUCCAUUCUCAUGUAUCAAAAUCUACAUUAAAAAGAUAUGGACAAUAA